AUGUCCUUUUGCUAUGGCCUCGAAAAGGAAUGCAUUGUCGAUGAGGAGUCUGGCGCAACGACAAUUCAAACAGUAAUAACGGGUUGUUCCGAUCAAAACCCUCUUUUCAGCUUCGACGCCGGUCAAGCUUUUCUUGAAGCUAUAGGAGCCGCCGGUACUAAUAUAGCCGAUGUUGGUUGGCCAAAAUACUUGAGCGAUGAUUUCAUUGCCAUAGCCCCAACAACUCAAGCUAUGUCUUUAUUCUUUAUUCUUGGUACAGGCAUGGUCGGGUUAUCAGUUAUGUUUCGACUCGCUACUAUCCGCUACAUUUGGCAACCUCGACCACCCGUGCCUCCCACUAGUCUCGAGCCGCCACCCGACUACCCAGGCUUCCCUCGCUUCCCUGGCUUACCAGGCUACCCAGGCUACCCAGGCUCCUCUCUACCGGAUCCUCCGCCUCCAUCGACACCAAAGUUGCUCAUUGCCGUGACUAGUUGCGUUUUUCUUACCACUGGUUCAAUUAUUGCCUCCUUAAUUAGCAGCCAGUUUGUUGCUCUGCUCAAUCGAAGCGGAAACCCCACUAUCUCGGCUGGAUCUAGCAGCAACUUUCUCGGAAUGGCAUGGGCGGCUACAGUCAUUCAAAUAAUACUCACAAUUGACAUACUAGUGGCGAUCUUACGUUACCGAGCUCGUCAUUGUCGCUGUGACUGGGAGGAACUACCAGGAGAACCAGGCGUGGAAAAGUAA